AAGUUAGCUCGGAUUAGGUUAUAUUAAAUUUCAUACUUGAUCGUAUGGUGAUCUUAGUGAUCAAGUGAAUAAUAAAUAAUCAACAAAGUAUUGCAUCUGCUAUAUAAAAUGCUAAAUAUAUAAAUCGAGUGUUUUCUAUUGUAGUUACUGUGUAUAAACAUCUUUUGUUUAUACACUUCUCUGUAAUAAGACAGGUGGACGCGCAUUGUUAAACUACAUUGUCGUACGAAGUACUUGGAAUGGAUUAUGCAACGAUUGUCGAUCAAGCUGUCAAGGAAUUUUAUUCAGCAGGUAGCAAUGAAGCUCAUUCGUGGCUCUUACAAGCACAAGUCUCCCCGGAAGCUUGGAAAUUCGUAUGGGAACUUUUGGAUCCUUCCAAGUCAGCAGAAGUUCAAUUUUUUGCGGCAACAACUUUGCACACAAAAAUAAUUAAGCAAUGGGAUGAAGUACCUGAACAUGACUAUCCGAUGUUAAGGGAUUAUUUGGUGAAGAGCCUAAAACAGCCCAAUACCCCAAAAUUUGUUCUUUUAAAACUUUGUCAAGCGUUUGCUGCAUUUAUGGUGAACAGUUACAAUAUAGAGAAGAUAGAAGAGGAUGCAAGUAUAGUUGAUGACCUAUUUAAUGCUUUAACUCCAACUAAUUCUCCAUCUAUGCUAGAAUUAUUACUACGGGUACUUUCAUUGCUUCCUACUGAGUGCGAUAGGAGACGACAAACGCGUGGCAAUUCACAAAUUUUAGUCAAAAGUUGGCCUAAAAUUUUAUGCUGCUUACGAUUGGUUUUUUCGUCGUAUGAUACAAUUGCAUUGUUGUUGCCACCAACGUUUAUGAUUCUGACUUUAGAAUGCACUCUAGCUUGGUUUAAGAUGGACAAAUUGCCAUUGGAAGCUAUUGGUCAAAUUUAUUCUGAUCUACUAAUUAUGGCAACUCACUAUGCACCUAAUAGGUCUUCAAACUUAUGUACCGACCCUGAGCAGGAGCGUGGUUGGGAUAUAGUGCAAGAGUGCUUGAUCACAAUAGUGACACAUCGUGAUCUAAAAAGAUGGACACAUACCCUUUGGGAAUGGGCCAAGGCUUUGACAAUAACGGCAAAAGAACAUGAUACCAAAUAUUUCUGCGAAGUGUUAACUGCUAUGGGGGAGGCUCACAGUCGCGAGUUUCUGAUUGCUCUAGCUGGCGGUAGUAAUGAUUUGACUCAUAAACAGACAGCUACGAAUUUGAUCGAGCUACUGUUGGAAUGUACAUCCCAGCCAGGUCGUUACCCGACGGAUGAAACUCGUAGUUGCAUCCCAUUUGGAUUCUGGUAUGCGUUACAGGACGAUUUAGGCACGUUGGAUCAGCCACUCGAGAAAUGGGCUUUGUUAGCGUUGAAGCCCAUUUACAUCCGGCUGGCUGAGGCGUUGCUGGAGAAAUCGGCUCUUCCAUGCCGGCAAGAGUUGAGCAACGCAAACGAGAGCGAGUUACUUAGAUGUUACAGGCAAGACGUGGCGGACACUUUAGACUACUGCUACAAAGUUCUCCAAGAAGACCUGUUGAAAAUGGUUCUGGAAAGAUUAGCCCGGGCGAUGUGUGAUAAUAAAAAUUGGACCGACAUUGAAGCGUCGUUGCACGCAUUUAAAGCACUGGCUGAAUCUGUCGGCAAUAGAAAUGUUCGUUACGUCCCGGAGAUGAUAUUCGCAAUUCUUUCUUAUAUACCUUACGAUCGUUAUCCUCCGGAGGUAAUGGCGUGUGCUUGCUCGGCACUUGGCUCAUUCGCCGAGUGGAUUGGGGAACAUCCCGAGCGCAGGCUGAAAGAAGUGCUGCAAUUCAUCACGCUAGGACUCACAAAAGGCCCCGAAGUCGCACCUUUCGCGAGUAUGGCAUUGAGAGAUAUCGUAAGAGAAUCCGGUAAUCAUCUUGCGCCGUUUGCGCCGUCCAUUCUCAACACUAUCAGACAAACUCUGCUGAAUGUCGCGCCUGGUAGCGGAGAGACCUUACGGCUUAUGUAUGCGGCCGGAAAGGUACUCAACACAUUACCUACUGUGGAAUUACAAAUGACGUAUCUCGACGCGACGCUAGGCCUGUGCAUAGUGAAGUUGAAGGAGUUAUUGGAGCAACCGCUGUUCGUGGCGCGGCUCGACGUGACAAAUCACCUAAAAAUGAUUCUCGCGUGUCUCAGUACUCUCGAUGGCACGAUCGGUAAGGCCGUGUUGGACGGCUUGAUACCAGUGUUUCAUCAGAUCAUCGCGCAUCCCGAAUGGAGUCAAGACAAUGCCACAUUGGAGGGAAUGUAUUUGUGCGCUCAACGAUCCGUAUCGUCGCUCGUGCACCCGGAGACAGAUGCACGGCCGUUACUGUCGAUCUUGACGACAUCUUAUAAGACGUGGCCGCACCCGGAAGCAUUGAAUCUACUGCGUCAAUUGAUAGUGUUGUUCGCAAAAGAUCAAGACAAUAUCAUCGGCUCGGUUCUCGCCGAAAUCAGCUCGAUAACGCUGAGCGGCGUGAAGGCGUGCAGAUCGGUACAGGGCGAUCUGUCCGAUUGGUCAGAUCUGAUGGAAGCAUACCUAGGUGUACUUUCGCAAAUUUGUAAGAAGAAUAUCAAGUUAUUGUUGCAAAUCCCAGAGCAAAUCCCGGAAAUGUUACAAUGUGGGAUUGCUUGUUUAACGCUGCCGGAAUUUGCGACGGUGAAAAUGGCCGGUAGUUUUCUCAAUCACGCAAUCGCACAAAGUCUGCACAUGCAGACAUUCAUUCAACCGAUUGGCCAGGAACUUGUCUCUGUAAUCUUGCAUCAUCUCAGUGGAGUAAUGCUUCAUCAUAAUUUCGAACCUUACGCUGAAGUUCUAUUGUCACUGAACAAAAACUGCAUGGAGUGGCAUGAGUUGUGGUUACGAAUUGCGUUUGAGAGUCAAAGUGAUAUCGCAGCAUUGCGAAAGGAAUAUAUAACGCGCAUCUUGCGCGAGAGAUUGAAGCAACGACUUAGCGACGUGCUGAAGGAAUUCAACUUGCGGUGUCGACAAAAAAUAGGAUCCUCAAAUCCUCGGAAUGACAGGACUUCCGAUGUACUGACGUAAAAUCAGUUUUACUCUAUGAAGGGACCGACACAACAUAAUGUAUGUAACACACAUGCGAAUAUCAAUAUAAUUUAUCUCUUCAUAAUAAACGCUACAUAUUGUAUAUACUUGUACUCCAUACGGGUUUUUUUGCAUUUUUUUGAAUCAUGAAACAUUCAUUGAUCACAUGUAACGCGGUGCGAUAUAACGCGGUUACAAUAAAGAAAAUAAAAGAAUGAUCGAGGAGAAAAAAAAUAUAUAAUAUAUUUCCGAUUCUUUUCCAUCGAGUAUAAUCGUAUAUUAGUUGAAGUAUUGGUAAUUAAUUUAUCAGAUUGUUAGAAAAUGCAAAAAUUAAAGCGAGAAACUAAAAGUUAAAUAACAAUUGUGUAAAAUUGAACUGUGAUUUAUGUAUCUAGCGAUUUUCGUGCAAUCAUUUUGUUGUAGGUAAAAUAAAAGUAUUUUUGUUGGAUAUUGUGCUAUUUAAUUUUGAUUUGUUCUUUGCUGUUUGUAAUACAGAAAGAAGGAACACAGAAAAGAUCGUCGGAGAUAGAUUACACAUCUUUCUACUUACAUGCUUAAUUAAUAUCACUUUCUCCAUGUUCACAUAGGUUACUUGCCUAAUGUUAUUCCACGUCAACAUGUACAUGUAUUACAAUAAAAAUCGAUUUCUUCCUUUUCUAAUA